GUAAAGUCGAUUGGUGUCAAAGUACGUGAACGGCGACGACGUCCGAACUUCUCCACGGGAUCACACCAAUGCGGACGUCGGUAUGACUUUCAGCCAGGCAGGACGACACCACGGAGGGAUAUUGGUGAGACGCUGCGCCCGACCUCUCCGGCCCCACCCAUCUUCUCUUCGAGCAGACAAAAAUCGAUCUGACGCUCCUCAUCGAGCGCGCGGUUGCUGAUACGCCAGAGAGCGUCCAGAAGACGGGCCGCAUUGAAUUCGGGCCGUUCCCAUGUACAGACGGUGGCGUACCUUGCGCCGUUGAUAAGUCAGGAAAGUCGUUGCCAGCUCAGACACGAAGGCGCAGACAGGAGCAGGGCAUGAAGGUGGCGGCAGGCGAUGUAGCCGCGUUCGCAACCGCAUUCGGUCUUCCUUCAGGCAGGGCACGUAGAGCGAUCGAGAGUCGCCCACUUAUCUAUAAAGAAGGCACGCCGGGCUCCGUGGUCCUCAGACAUCUCUCCUCAUCACAAGACCGAAUUUUGAACUCCAAAGCGACUCACAGUCAGUACUCAACUAUUCUCGAAACUCUUGCUGCGCAAGGCUACCAAACACAAUCACCACAAAGAACUGUCAAUCUAUCCAUCAGCAUGCAGUUCAUCAAAGUGUCUUGCAUCGUCGCAUCCGUUGCAAUCUCUCUUGCUCUCUUUGGCCCGACUGGAACGAUUGCAGCCCCAGUGGACCCACAGGUUGUUGACGGCUCGGCUGAGCUGGCCGCCCGCGACAAUCUCGUUGCACGUGCCGACACUGCUGGAGGUGAGCAUGAGCUUCGUGUCAGAAAUGCUCUCGGCUCAAAGUUGGUUGCUCGUGGCGAUGCGAUGGGAGCGCCCUCCACGGAAGAGGCUGAUCGGAUUACCAAGCGAGAGCAUGAAUGCAACGCCCAGUGCCCGCCUGGAGUCUUGAUUUGCGAGGCGCCGUGUCCCCCAUAGAUGUUGCUAGAACACUAGUGCUGGGCGAUCCGGACCCUCAUCAUACAUCGUUCGUUAGC